CGAGGGAGCCGGGGCUGUUCCUGGAACCCCCGCGGGCUGCCUGGCGGGCGCACCUGCCUAGGCGCUUCCGUCUCCUGCCUGGGGGCAGCCCGGGGGGCCGCUGCUCCUGCUCCUUCCCCUCUUCCUCCUCCCUCCCCUCCUCCUCAGGCGUUCCCUCGCUCUCCCUCUCUUUUUUCAAAUUCUGUAAGAAGUUGCUCGAGGCUCGCCCCCCAGAACCCCGGAGGAUGGCGGUGGAGCAGCCUCGGGGGCCGGUCGGAGGGUGAGGGUGACGGGCGGAGAGGAGGGCCGGCUGCCCGGAGCGGGCCCGGAGGGGGAGAAGAGAAUGGACUCACCUCCCGGCUGCUGCCGCUGCCGCCUCCACCACCUGCUGCCGCCGCCGCCGCUUCCCGGCCCUGGUAGCCACAGCAACAGCCGCUAGAGGAGGGAGCCUGAAGGGGCUGAUGGCCGAGCUGGAGGGCAGCGCGGGGCCCGGCUUCCCAGUUACUUCUUGGACCAAGAUGACUGAUGGGAAUCUUUCCACUUCAACGAAUGGCGUCAGCUCGAUGAAAGUUCUGGAUGAGAGGUCAGGCAAUCAUAUUCAGAAUCUUCAAUAUUUGAAUGUAAAGACCCCUAGAUCCCUUUCAUUGCCUGAUUAUAAACCUAAGUUGAAACUCAGUGAUUUAGAUGAUAGGUAUAGCCUUAAAUCAGUGGAUUCAGGUAUUCCAACCCUGGAAAUAGGGGACCCAGAACCUGUCCACUGCAGCGUGUUAAACGUUAAAAGAAAACCAUCUGAGCCAGAAAUUGUCCCUGAUCGAACUUUUCAGAGUGCAGGCACGCUUCCAUCGUAUGUGCCUCCUCUCUUUACAAACACUGAACGGGAGCAUCGUGUACGAAAGUCUUCAACUUUUCCAAGAACUGGGUACGACACAGUGAAGCUCUACAGUCCCACCUCUAAAGUUCUGACUCGAAGUGAUGAUAUCUCUGUAUGCAGUGUAUCAAGUCUCAGCACUGAACUGUCCACAACCUUAUCUGCUAGUAAUGAAGAUAUCUUAGACUUGGUGGUCACCAGUAAUUCAAGUGCAAUCGUGACUCUCGAGAAUGAUGAAGCUCAUUUUUCAGAUAUUACAUUAAACUCAUCAAAAGAAAUCAUUGAUCAAAAACUGCAUGCCUGUGGUGAAGACACAGAAGCGGAUAGUAAAUUGAAAAGACUGGGACCAUUUACUAACUUCUUUACAAGGAAUUUGUUUGCUAGGAAGCAAAAUUCAAGACUUGACACACACAGUGACUUGGGAUGGAAGCUGUUUGGAAAAGUGCCACUUCGAGAGAAUUCUCAGAAAGAUUCCAAGAGAACACAAAAGGAAUAUGAAGAAGAAGCUGGACGACCUCACAAACCUCUUUCCCCUAAACAGAAUGUGAGGAAAAAUCUCGAUUUUGAACCACUUUCCACCACUGCUCUUAUCCUAGAAGAUAGACCAGCAAACCUCCCUGCAAAACCAGCCGAAGAAGCUCAGAAACAUAGACAGCAAUAUGAAGAAAUGGUGGUUCAGGCCAAAAAAAGAGAGCUUAAAGAAGCACAGAGGAGAAAGAAACAACAGGAAGAGAGGUGUCGAUUGGAAGAAAGUAUUGGAAAUGCGGUCUUGGUCUGGAACAACGAAAUUUUACCCAACUGGGAAACAAUGUGGUGUUCUCGAAAAGUUCGAGAAUUGUGGUGGCAAGGUAUUCCUCCAAGUGUGAGAGGUAAAGUCUGGAGCUUGGCAAUAGGGAAUGAGUUAAAUAUUACCCAUGAACUCUAUGACAUUUGCCUUGCUCGAGCCAAGGAAAAGUGGCGGUCCCUUAGUGCUGGAGCCUCUGAAGCAGAGAAUGAAGAUACAACUUUUUCUGCAGCUGACAGAGAAGCCAGUUUGGAACUAAUCAAACUGGACAUUUCUAGAACAUUUCCUAAUCUUUGUAUUUUCCAGCAAGGUGGUCCAUAUCAUGACAUGUUGCACAGUAUUUUGGGCGCUUACACUUGUUACAGACCGGAUGUUGGUUAUGUUCAGGGCAUGUCAUUUAUAGCAGCAGUAUUGAUUCUGAACUUAGAUACUGCAGAUGCCUUCAUUGCAUUUUCUAACCUUUUGAAUAAACCUUGUCAAAUGGCAUUUUUUCGAGUGGACCACGGCCUUAUGUUGACGUACUUUGCAGCAUUUGAGGUAUUCUUUGAAGAAAAUCUGCCAAAAUUAUUUGCUCAUUUCAAGAAACAUAACCUAACUCCAGACAUCUAUCUAAUUGACUGGAUUUUUACCUUGUACAGUAAAUCUUUGCAACUUGAUCUGGCAUGUCGCAUAUGGGAUGUAUUCUGCCGUGAUGGUGAAGAGUUCCUCUUCCGCACUGCUCUAGGGAUACUCAGGCUGUUUGAAGAUAUUUUGACCAAAAUGGAUUUUAUUCACAUAGCUCAGUUCCUCACUAAGUUACCAGAAGAUUUGCCUCCAGAAGAAUUCUUUACAUCUAUUGCUGCAAUUCAGAUGCAAAGUAGAAACAAAAAGUGGGCUCAGGUACUACUGGCAUUGCAGAAAGACAACAGGGACAUCGAAAGGGGAAGCCCUUCCCUCAGACACUGACACUUCAGAUGUAUUGGGGCAAGAGAUAUCCAGGUGGCAAAUGUCUUGCUUUCAGUUGGAUACAGGCAUCUGAGAAUCAUCGUCUGUUAUUUUUCAAGUUUUGUUUAUAAAACUGGAGUUGGCCUUAAAAACACACUCCCACACAUACCUUUUUAAGCGUAAACCAAGGCUUAGCCUUAAGAAGCUCAGUGGCAUGAUGACCUGGUGUUGAUUGUACACAGCCCUCAUAUUCUGUGCACGAUUUUGAAUAAGGGCAAUGACUAAGUUUUAACUUUCAGUUUCCAUAUAAGUUAAUUAAAUCUUAGCAAGUCAAUAUGAAAUGCGGGAAAGUACUUUGCACUCUUGUAGCCAACAUGUAUAAGAAAUGUGCUUUUGAAGAUCUCUUCACCUGGGACACCAGGUCAUGUUUGCAUAUUUUAGUUAAGGAAGGUAUUACUCUCAUUAGCUGUUUUUUUCCAAAGCUCUGGGUCAUAUUUUUAAAACACAUUUACCAAAGAUAACAUUCUAUGAAAAUGGGAUUGUGUAUCGAUACCACCAAAAGAGCUACACAUAACCGGGGAAGAGACCUGUUGCUUGUUUUGGAAUUUUACCAAGUUGCCUUUCUAAAGUUUCUUAGCAUGUGUGUUGUUGGAAGUGACACAUUUAAUACCCAAAGAGUACCACGUUCUCCCAGAGGCUGCUCCCCUGCUCUAUUGGCAAUCAUACCAAGAGGAAAUACAAACUUGGUGGGUGGAAGAACAUAAACAGCCUUUAUUUCCUGAAAUGAAUAGACACAGUCAUAUGAGAUAUGACUCUACAAUAUCUGUAUGUACGCAAAUUAUAUGACAGACACACUCAGAAACAAACAAAAAAGAAACCCCAUUACAGUGGCUCCUGCAUGAGGGACAGGCCACUUCUUUCCCUGACUUCAUCAGCUGAAUGUCAGAAUAAAUCAUAAGUGCCCAUGAUCACCUCUAUGUAUGGCAUCAUGUGCUUUAGAAAUUGUCAUCAUCACAGAAGAAUGAAGCAAUAUAUACCUAAUAGUUCUGAACUAGGAUAUAAGAAUCCUUUGUGUCUGUUGUUCCCUUCAGACAGUUUUCCUAGGAAUGUAAUCAGCCCUUCGGUUAUUCCACUUGUAGAAAGCGGUCAGGUUUGGGUUUUUUUUUUUUUUUUUUUUAGUGAGGCAAUUGGGGUUAGGUGACUUGCCCAGGGUCACACAGCUAGUAAGUGUUAAGUGUCUGAGGCCAGAUUUGAACUCAGGUACUCCUGAAUCCAGGGCCGGUGCUCUAUCCACUGCGCCACCUAGCCGCCCCUGUUUUUGUUUUUUGACCAAACUUAUAAAUGGGAGAUGAUCUCUUUGUGAAUCCAUGACUCUCCCCUACAUCCACCCCCCUCCACCCCCAAUGCCCAGCGAUCCACAAACGUCUUAGUUUCUUAAAGUACUGUUUUGACCAGUUAGAAGCAUAUUGUGAUGCCACUUGACAUUCCCCUAAGUGCUUGAGGAGUAUUUUAUCACAGCAUACAAGAUAAAGGAAACUUUUUGCUCUUAUUUACACUUCUCAUUCCCAAUUACAUACUUCUUUAAAUAGAUUGUUGCUGUUGGUGGGUGAUCUCUUUGAGUAUAUGAGAAGUCUUAGACCCAUCCAAGCCUGUGCUAUUCUUUCCAUAGCUUUUCCCAAACUACUACUUCUUUCUUUUGAUCAGCCUAGAUGCAAUAGACAACUAGAAGGUCAAUGGAUCUUCAGGUUAAGGUAUCCACUUCUGAAGUCAUCAGUAUGCCUAACAUCAAAUACUUGCACUAUGUGUGGUUUGUUACCUUUUUAGGAAUGAACUUUUUUAGGUAUGUGUUCAGCUAUAAAACGCUGACUCUCUCCUCCAGUGAGAUUUGUUAUACGCUGUUGAUGUUACUUUUUGCCUCAGCCUUUAAAAAGAUGACUUGCCUAUCUUUAAUUUUAAUUUUUUUGAAAAGGCAUCCUUUUUCCAUUGGAUGCCCUACUAACCUUUCUAGAUGCUAACCCCUGCAGAUGUCCAUUUCCUAAAAUCCAGAUGUUGAAUGUAAUAGACUGAAAGUGGCAUGGUUGUGACCAAGGGCCUGCCGCAGCACUUGUGCACUGUUAAUUACCCACAGAUGUAAUUAUUUUUGUUCAGUGACUUAGGAUUUCUGAUCUCCGAAGAUGUAUAUAUUUUCUAUCUUUUCUUGGUGUACAUAAGUAUUUGUUAAGUAAUGAAGAAAAGUGAUGCAAUAAUGAGCUUUGCACAGUUUGUGAAAUUUUUCACCUGUCUAAAUUUCAGCCAUUUAACUUUUUUUCAUUAGACUAAUUUGGAAACAUUAUUCAUUUGGAUAGAAUUAUUGAUGUAUGUGAAAUUGGUACAGGAGUCCUUGACAUCCUGUAAUUGGACUGCUUACCCAAUCUCAAGUUCUGAUGAAUAGUUUUCAUAACCAAUUCAGGCAUCACCUAAGAUUUUGCCAACUUAAUUUUUACUGUUCAAGUGUUGGGAGGUUUAGACUAUAGGGUAGAUAGAUGGGCUUGCCCUCUUUUCAGUAGAUGUCCCCAUCCAAAAGAACUGGGCUUUCUCUUUAAUAAUAACUGGAAAACAAAUAUUGAAAUGCUGCACCAUUUCAGAAGUCUGCAUUUUUUACUUUAUGUGCAACUCAAUUACAGAAUCUAAGACUUCAUGUUUGGGAUUUUGUGCAACCUGCACUUUAUAGUAGAGAACAAACUUGGCAUCUUCUAUCACUAGUCAGAAUGUCUUACUUAGUUUUAAAAAAUAAGUUCAUUUUAAAGGUACUUUAUAAUUGCUUAUAUUUUUCAAUGUCUUAAAUAAUUCAAAUUGCUUAUAGAUAACUCUUGAUACACUUGCUACAUAUCAUGUUUUGAUUGCUUGUACAGUUACUCAUUUGUUUUGUCUAGGUGAGUGUAUCAAACAAACUUUUUGAACUGUAAAUAUGUGGUUUUAUUAAAUAAAA